CAACAGUACUUCACUUAUGCCUUUAGCACACUGACGCCGCGAACCGCGAUAGCGAAACUGCGGUAAGUCUGUCCCACACUUCGAAACGUAUCGCGUUAUGUUACAUCUCGCUCUAUCGCCUAUGACUUCCUAUAAUUGCAUCUUAGUUUGUGUGGUAUCGUUGUACCUCGCGAUACUUGUUUCACACGGACGCCGCUGUACGCCAUUUUAGUUUCGCCGCUGGGAGAGAAACGACGCGAUUUGUCUUUUUCGACAGAAUAUCGCGACGAUACAAGAUGACGGAAGUAGAAACUGAAAGAAUUAUUAAUGAAAUUCGAGGUUAUCCCGAAUUAUACCUUAUGGGACAUCCUGAUUACAAGAAUUCGUAUAAAAAAGAAGUGGCGUGGCGAAAAAUCGAGGGAAGUACCGGCUUGGAUGUGAAAUCACUAAAAGCAAAAUGGAAAAAUCUGCGUGAUACUUACAAGAAGUACAAACAGUCUCAACUAACAUUUAGUGGGCAAGCUGCAAAGAAAUAUGCUAAUUGGGUGUGGGCUGAACACAUGAGUUAUGUGGAUUCUACAACAAAUUUACGAUCUACUGAGAGCACUUUAAAUACUAGCCCUCCAAAACUGCAAGCAGCGGAAAAUAAUAAGAUUGAAAAUUUACUUCAAAAUCCAACGGAUAUAGAAGAACGAGUAGAACCUAUAAUCGGAAAUGAGACACAACAAGAAGCACAGGAUGAUGGGUCAGUAAGCAAUAUUUCAGAGACAGGAAGCGAUCUAUAUCGAAGAAGAAGACGCCGAAACUUAGAUCCAUCCGAUAAAAUUAUUAAUUAUUUAGAAAAGAGGAAGAUUGCAAAAUCAUCUACUCCAAAUACAGGUCAAAAUCUAGUUAAUGUAUUGUGUGACAGGCUUGAUAUGACAUUUUUAGGUUUUGCUGACAGUGUCAAGAAACUUUCUUUGAACAACCAAGCCAUUAUUAAAUUACAAAUCAUGAAAUUAAUAACCGAGUAUGAAUUAAAAGAAAUAACAAGUGACAAUAGACCAAACUCUAGCAACAGUACCUAUGUUUCGACUCCAGAAAGUAUUACUCUCGAUGAUCUUAGCAAUCACAGCAAUCGUAACGUCCGUCAACCAUCCACAUCAGGCGUCAACUAUCAUAAUACACUUUCAAACACGCAAAGCCAAACAGAAAAUCGUGACCUCAAUCAGCCGUCCACAUCAGGUGUCAACACCCAUAAUAAUAUACGAACACCUAAUAUCAUCAUUUUACAAUCAUCUGAAAUCAGUGAUCAACACACAUCACAAAUCAUAACUGAUGAAAAAAGUACUCAAAAGUACAUCAUGAUUCAACCAUCAGACCAAAGAAAUGAUAAUAAGGAAAAUAAUUACUUGAGUGCUCAAAGUUGUUUUGCUAAUUGGAACGAGUAAUGAAACAUGUGUGCGAAUUAUCUACUACAUACUAAUCUAAAUUGUAUUUUUUUAAUAAAUAAAUAAACUUACCUUA